GUCAAGGGUUACCCCUUAUGGCCCGCGAAGAUUGUCCGACACAAUGGCGGCAAACAAAACGAAGUCGACUGUCGCUUCUUCGGCACUCAUGACCGCGCUUGGGUGACAGCAGACUCGUGUUGGUUGGUAUCGGAAGUACAUCCCGGUUCCAAACCUAACAAAACCCAUAAGUCUAAGUUCGAGAGUGCAAUGAGGGAACUGGCCGUUCAUAUCGACAGAUUGAACGCCAAAUUUGCCGAUAAGUUUAAAUACUCGCCACAAAAGACUCCGUUUUCUCCAAAAGAGAUAUUCAUUUGUGAAGAAGACAACGACUAUUAUAAUAGACUCAUUGCGAGUGAAUCGCUAAAUACCGGUGAAAAGUCGCCUAACAAUUCAGAUAAUAGUAAUGGUAAUGCAAAUAAUAUCGACACAAAUGCAAACACUAAUAGCAGUGACACCACCGAUAAGAACAUGGAUGACAGCUCACCAAACGCUUCCAAACCUGUAAUUCCCGGCGUUUUUAGUCUCACGAGUGAUAAAGUGUUGGAUGAAUUCAAGUCUGAAAUUAAGAUAAGCAAUGAGUCGACGAUUCUAUUGAAUAAAAACUCAAAAACAAAUGUACAGAACAAAGAGGACGUGAAGGCGUGCGCCCGCACCGCACGGGUAGGCAAACGAAACGUAGCCGAAGCUCUUCGCGCGAGUAAAAUACUACGAACCACUUCCUCGUCAUCGACCUCAUCGUCCGCCUCCACCUCUCCAUCACAUCGAAUGCAAUCCAAUCAGAGUUCACUCCUCGCGAACAACUCCCACCCGAUUGUGUCGUCGAACUCGUCGGCAAACACUCGGCCGAAGACGCCAUCCAUUUCCCAACAGUUGGUCUCAACGCAGACCAAUAACCUGAGGGAAGAGUUGGAGCGCCUGAAGAAGCAGAUGAGCUUCGAUAACGCUAUGCAUAAGCAGGAGAUCCGC